UUCUGCAACGAUCGCUUCCGAAAUGGGUGCCUCCAAUAUACUGGAGCUCUACGAUGACUGUCUCAAUUACAUCUUCGACUUUUUGCCGUCGCAAGAUCGCCUAAGAUUGGCCCAAGUUUGUAUUAGAUUUCGUCAAAUAUUUGUUAGUCAAUGUGGCAGCCGGUUCCGCGAAUAUACGAUCGAUGAGAAUAGUUCUAGGGAGGAGCUGAUACAGCUUUCUAUUUGCCGCGAGGUGGUGCAAAACUUCACCAUUGAUCUGGAUAAUUUUGACAUGUCGAUAACUACCAACAAAUAUAGUUGUAAUACUCCGACCAUUUUCUUCGACAUACUCUGCUCCACAUUGGCGGGAAUGCACCAGUUGGAGCAUUUAAAUGUAAAGCAGCUUAAAAUACUCGUCACAAUCAUUGAGAGGCCCGUCGAUCAAAUUCUAACCGCAGUAAGACAGCUGAAAGAUCUGAGAAGAUUGAAAAUUCAUUCAAUAUUUGACUGCAGCGUACAACGUCUGGGCGAGCUGCAGCACCUUGAAGAACUUCACUUGCACGUACCACAGAUUGCGUCAUCUACUCUGGUCAAAUGCUGCAAAUCCAACUCCAGACUUCACAGUCUGCAUCUCAGCUAUGGCUGUGUACAAAGGAACUUGUGCGACAUUGUUCCUCACUGCAAAAAUCUGGAGGUAUUCAAGUUUGGCAUGACAGCGGAAUCCUCAGCCUACAGGGCCCUAGCGCGGCUCCCCAAACUGCGGAAGCUGACGCAUUUUGGCAUAAGAAGAGCGGACUCCUUUGAGCCCCUGCUCUCCUCCCUCGCUGACAGACCCCAGCUACUGCACCUAGACAUCGAUGGGGGAAGUAUCAGUCUGCCAGAAACCCGUCAGCUGAUUCGACUACAAAGCUUAGUGCACUUGAAAUGCUUCUGCUCCACGGUUCAGUGUGUGGUUAUGCUCGCCCGACUCUCGCGGCUGGAGGAGCUCUGCCUGUGGAUGACCAGCCCAUUGGACAUCUCGGACGCCCUGCUGGGAAUUAUUGCCAAUUGCGAGAAGUUGAAGUUGCUGAGACUCGCAGCGGGAAAUAUAAAUAAUGACUUUUUCAGCAAUGCCAUGAAAUUGAGUCGGGGUACAAAAAUACCCCUAAAGCUUGAGAUUCCAAUGCCGUCCCAUAAACAAACAAUUACUGCAGAGAAAUGUUCAACCGAAAGAGAACUGAAUAACUGGUCCGCAUUUUAAGCCGUUCUAUUGCAUCUCUACAAUUUUAUAACUUAAAUUUGGCAGAAGUUUCCAGCUGAAUAUUGUACUGCUGCGUCUAGAUCAGAGUAAUUAAAAAUACUCAAGCUAAUAAAAACUAAUAAUAAUAAAAAGUAGCCGCGAAUAGCUUUACCU